CAUUCAUUUACUGCUCACAAUGAGCAUAGAGAUGUAAAGGUCAUGCUACACGAGUUACUUGUCGCCUUAUCUGGUUACCCUGGUGACAUCUUUCGGCCUUUCCCACCUGAGCCAGAGAUUGCAACAACAUUUGCUAUCACUGAUUUUGCGCUACUACACCCCGCUGAAAGAGAAGGUCUCGACCGACUGGCGCAACUUGGCUUCUAUUUCAGACGCUUUUUGGACUUUAUUGCUUCCUGUAGAUCGCCCACAGCAACAUCCGCCUCAUUACGCGCUCAGUUGUUGAUGCAAGGCCAUGCGCAACAACAGGGGUUAUAUCUAAAGGCAUUGGCCAGUACUCUUGAGCAUCGUCUCGACAGUUAUCGACAAACUAUCAUCCAGACAGAGACGGCAAUUCUUUCUGGAGAAGACAAUCUAGGUGGCAUUGUUCCGCUUUCCACCAUUAUAUCUCGCUUUGCUCCCUUUGAGCUCGUAUUCCCUGCGAUUACCAGUCUCAUAUCAGAGAUCGAAGAUGCGUACUCUUCAGGCUCACCAUUUAUUGGGGGUCGACUAAUUAAUCACCUGCAAAAUAAGGCUGCAUCUGGCGUGCCCCUACUUAAAGAUUGGAUGGAUGACUUGCUUCAGGGUUGCUGCGGGGUCAUGAUGAGACAGAUAGUGUCAUGGACGGUGUAUGGACAAAUUCAAGACCCUUUCGACGAAUUUUUCAUCGUCCAGCUUCAGUCUUCAACAGUGCCCUCAGAAGCGAAAUACAACAGCGAGCUGGGGCGUCGAUCACAUAGGUCGUUCGAAUCCCUAAAUACACGUUCUUCUGAGUUGCACGCGGCAAAUUCAGCUCCAUACUCGACAACAAUCAAAUGGAAUAAGGAAUACGUUUUAGACGAGUCCAUGCUUCCAAUCAUGAUCCCUACCACUUUAGCACACGAAAUGCUUUUUAUCGGCAAGGCCAUUGUUACAGCACGUGAAGCCAAACCAAAGCCAAUCCCAAUUCCUCCCUCGAUGACAUCGCACCAUCGAGAUCUGAUUCUCCCUCUGGUUUAUCGAACGGCAGAAUCAAAAACAUUCAACGUGAAUCACCUCUCACACGCCAUUCAUCGGAUUCGGAAAGAUAUUGCGAACCAUUUAUGGGUUGUGGUCCAAGUAGGAGAGAAAAUCAUCAAAACUUUUGAAUCCUUCAAACGAUAUUUCUUGUUGUGCAAUGGGGAUUUCGGACUUGGACUCAUCAGUGCUCUAGAGGACUUUAAUAAGAAUCGACUCUCGACACUUGAACAACAACAUAAAGCCUCCUUUAUCCAGACCACUUCUACAGGCUCAAUACGCGACCAUGAUCUAGGAGGUUUACUUGUGAAGGCUGCUCAAGGUACUUCUGCACAGGAAGAUCCAGAAUUAUUGAAAUUUGAGCUUCGGAUACUCAAGAAACCUACGACAGAUCAAGGUGGAAAUGUAGGGGAUGAUGAUGGGACUAUAGAUAAAGAGACUCAAAUGAAAACAGGAGGAAAUUAUGAUGAUCAGCUCCUUGGAAUUCCAGUACGCCUCUGUUAUUCAUUAGCGUGGCCACUUGAUUUCUUCCUUACGAUCGAUGAUUUGAAUCUAUACAGUGAUUUAUUUGCUUUUUUAAUGGCAGUCCGUAAGACCCAAGUCAAGCUACAACAGGCAUGGAUGGAAAUCAAGUCUAUGGAACAGCAAAGAAACACCAGAAGACGCGGCAAAGGCAUCAGAGAGUACAGUCGUCAACUCAAAGAGAUAAUGCACGCAGAAAACGGUGAUGAUGAUGCUCAAAGAUAUCAUAAAGAAUCAGAUAUGUUAAGACAUAUUGCUGCAAUGCGCUCAGAUAUGAAUUUCGUUGUCGAUUGCUUGUGGACCUAUCUCCAGAUGGAUGUUAUUGCGCCUACUUAUGAUGGUCUUUUAAAAAGAAUUAUUGCACUUCAGACGGGUCAGAGCGAAUCCUUCUUAUCAUCGUCGUCAACAUCACUCUACAAUGCUCCGUCCUUUGGUGAAUCGCAGAGUUUCGACUCAAUCUAUAACUAUCAUGCAGAAGCUUUGUAUGAGAUCCGUCGGGCAUCUCUCUUGACUUCAGAAAACUUAUCUUUAUCUAUAAAGAAUAUAUUGUGUGGGGCACAGAUCUUUUGUGAGGUUGUCAGACGCCGUGCUGCUGGUCAGGAUGGCUUCCAGUUUGGGCGAGGGAAGAAAGAACGUGAUGAAGACGUGCGAAAGGACUGGGAAGAACUAUGCCGCUUGAACCAAGUCUUUAGGGCUAACAUCACUAAAUUGUUUUCUGAUCUGUCAGCAGUGUCGCGAUCAGGAUCCUUGGGGGACGGCCCUAUAUUGAAAAGAAGUGUCCCUGGGCUGGGUUCAAGCUUGUUGGGUAACGGAGCAAAAUCAUUCGAUGUGAUUCGACAGUUAGAUCAGCUGCUAUUGAGGCUAGAGUACUCGAAGCGCAUGUGGUUCAGUAAUGAUAAUAAGGCUGCUCGAGACCACAGCAACCAAGGGAACAGAGAUCAAGAUCGUGAGGGUUAAUAUAAUAAAGUUAAGGGGUGUAAGACAAAGCG